UUGCGGCUCUAGAGAUGCUAGACGUUCCUUGUGAAGAUGAGGCUGAAAGUCACGUGAGGCAAGAUGGCGACUUCGUUAUAGAUGAAUAUGGUGAUGUGCUCUUUCUAGCGGAGGAGAAAGCUGUAAUAACACGUUAUUGUGUACCAGUAAUGUUAACGCAGCAAGAAUGGCUCUAAAUGUGUUUGACCAUGAUGAAUACAGGCCGCCAGUGUGGAAAUCUUACUUGUAUCAGCUCCAGCAGGAGGCACCCCAUCCUCGGCGACUAACCUGUACCUGUGAGGUGGAUAAGCGGCCCAAAUACUAUGGGAGAGAGUACCAUGGGAUGAUUUCCAGAGAGGAGGCUGACCAGCUGCUGAGUGUGGCAGAGGGGAGUUACCUCAUCCGGGAGAGUCAGAGGCAGCCUGGGACCUACACACUGGCCCUUCGCUUUGGAAAUCAAACCAGAAACUUCCGUCUCUACCAUGAUGGGAAGCACUUUGUUGGGGAGAAGCGGUUUGAGUCCAUCCAUGACCUUGUGACAGAUGGGCUGAUCACGCUGUACAUUGAGACCAAGGCAGCAGAGUACAUCGCUAAGAUGACCAUCAACCCCAUCUAUGAGCACAUUGGUUAUACUACUCUCAACAAGGAGCCAACGCUGAAGAAACACCUGCCCAUGUGUCAGGAGGUCCCCGAUGGGCAGGUGUCCCAGGGAGAGGCGGGAGACAAGGAAAGGCUUACUUCGCUGGUUCGUCGAGCCACCCUGAAGGAGAAUGAUCUUGCGACAAAGUACGAGAAAGUCCACAACUUCAAGGUGCAUACCUUCCGGGGACCCCACUGGUGUGAAUAUUGUGCCAACUUCAUGUGGGGCCUAAUAGCUCAGGGAGUCAAAUGUGCAGAUUGUGGUUUGAAUGUCCACAAACAGUGUUCCAAAAUGGUGCCAAAUGACUGCAAGCCUGACCUCAAACACGUCAAGAAAGUAUACAGUUGUGACCUUACAACCCUGGUGAAAGCACACAAUUCCAAACGACCCAUGGUGGUAGACAUGUGCAUACAAGAGAUUGAGUCCAGAGGUGUUCAGUCUGAGGGCCUGUAUAGAAUCUCAGGAUUCAGCGAUCUGAUUGAAGAUGUGAAGCUAGCGUUUGACAGAGAUGGUGAAAAAGCGGACAUUUCUGUGAAUGUGUAUGAAGACAUCAACAUAAUCACUGGCGCACUGAAACUAUAUUUCAGGGAUCUACCUAUUCCUCUUAUAACAUACGACGCCUACCCAAGGUUCAUGGAGGCAGCAAAGAUCUCAGAUCCAGACAAACGUUUAGAGGCCCAUCAUGAAGCUCUGAAGCUGCUACCACCUGCUCACUGUGAAACACUGCGUUAUCUCAUGGCCCAUUUAAAGAGGGUCAUCCAAAAUGAAAAGGACAACCUGAUGAAUGCAGAAAAUCUGGGCAUUGUUUUUGGGCCUACCCUCAUGCGUGCCCCAGACCUGGAUGCCAUGACCGCGCUCAAUGACAUCCGCUACCAGAGACAGGUGGUGGAGACACUCAUAAAAAAUGAAGAUAUCCUGUUCUGAAAGGGAAAGGGGGUGUUUCAGAAGGAAUAUUAAACUGAUAAUGAGAUUUACUCAUGAAGGAGAAGUGACUAAACUCAUUUUCUAUAUUUUCCCUUUGAGAACCAAGACUUGAAAAAUAAUGAAGGAUUAUUUGCGUCGUUGUACAUUCUCUCCUACUUCCUUCUGAAUAGAUCCCAUUUGAUGGGUUUGGAUCACAUACAUUAAAGUUGUCUUUUGCAUGUGCCCCCCCCCCCCCAUUUCUGUCGGGGGACAUUGAUGGACCACACACACAGUGCUUACUUUCCUUGGGAUAGCUAGUAUGUGUUUUCAGAUACCGCUCACUCAUUGUGACUUCUGUCUGAUCUUGUAGAUGUGGCUCGUUGUUACACAAUGGGUUUAUUUUUUUCUGUGAAUCACUAAUGUAUCUGGAUGUUAAAUAGAAUACUAUCAUUUUUGAAAACCUUUGAAUUUAGAUAUAUUUGUUGUUGUUUUUUCUUUUAUUACAUUUUCAUCCCACUUUGACUUUUAAAGAGAUGUGUAUAUACUUUUCAGCCAUGUAGCCUAAAGCUCAUAAGGCAAAAUGGGUGCCUGAAACUAUGUCCUAUUAAGUGUGUACCAUGCACACCUUGCAACCUCAUUGGACUUGAUUGUGCCUUUUAACCUUCUGAUCAGCAUUGUCUAUUUGUUUUGGUUGUUCCAAAUGUCCCCUGGUGUGACUAUGGCAAAUGAUAACAAGAAAGGUACAGUUCCUGAAUAAAAUGUGUGCACUUGCUUGCUUAAGCUGUCUAAAGGCAUUUGGGGUAGUGGUAGAAGUAGUAUUUUUUUUUACUGCAGCCAUAGUAGUGCUGGUGGGUGUAAUAGUUGUGUUGAUUGUAUAGGUGUCAAUACUAGUAGUGACUGUAGUAAAACUAGUGCUUUUUAGUUUGAACAUUCUGAGUGUUUUUGAAGUUAUUUCAGUCAAAAGUUAAGAAUGUUUUUGCGAUAAAUCAGUCUACCACCAUUAAAGUUAAUUUCACAUUUU